AUGUUUUUGUCCAGGAGAAAACUCAAUAAACUCCACAAUGCUGGACUCCAGCCCCAGGCCCAAGACCUCAGGACCCCAGACCUCAUGACCCAAAGGACCUCAGACCCACAGACCACAGAGGCCCCAAGACUCAGGACCCCAAGACAGACCUCAGGGCCUAGACCUCAGGCCCAGACCUCAGGGGGCACAAGACCUCAGAGCCCAAGACCACAGGGCUCCAGACCUCAGGACUCCAAGACCAUCAUGGCACAAGACCUUCAGUGCCCCAAGACCACAGGGCCCAAGACCUCAGGGCACCAAGACCUCAGGCCCACGACCUCAGGGCCCAAGACCUCAGGGCCCAAGACCUUCAGGCCCUAG